AAAAGCCGUAAUCAAGUCAGACGUUGUCAUUCACCUAUUGCCCCAGAGCAACCAACUAUCGAUUAUUAUUAGCAACCAUCGGGAUUAACGGAAUCAAAGCAACAACAUAAAAUGUUGAAACAAUUCGUUUGUGUAUUGGUAGUAGUAGGAAUCGCGUAUUUCCAGGGCUCAAACGCUAUAAAAUGUUAUUUGUGCAUUGGAUCACCAACUAGUGAUUGCGCAAAUGCGAAUAAAGCAGCGAUGGUAGAACAAGAGUGUCCAGAAAUUCACUGGCGACCACAUCAUCGUCAUCACCACCGUCGCCAUCAUCAUCAUCAUCAUCCUGACUUUGAAACAACAACUAGUGUUAAUGAUAUCAUAGAUAACUCUGUCGAAUCUUCCUCUGAAAGGCCUGAUUUGGAGGACUUUGAGAGACAAGUGGCUGAUGAAAAUAACACUUCGACAACUCCAAACCCGCCUAGAUUAAUACUGACGGCGAAGUGCACAUAUCUCAAACUUAAAGCUUCAAACAGAACCACUAGUCUUGUUGCCAGAGGUUGUGGAUACAUGACGGCAAAGAAAGACUAUUGUACUGUAUGGGAGAAGAUAAAUCCGAAUUUGGUUGAGUGCAAAACAUGCGAUACAGAUGAUUGCAAUUAAAUUUGUAUAAAAAAUAAAACUUUAUACUUUUACUAUUGAAUAAAGCGAAAUGUGAAAAGUAGAA